CCCUUCGUGAUUUCAAUGGAAAUAUCUUAUCGAGUUCGCUAUUUGACCGAUCGCCGAGCGUUUGCUGCCCUUCUAACCACCUUCGUGUCUUCUAGGUUUUUGGCAGUAUGGCAUCAUCGAUUGGGAGCUGUUCUACAACUGCCUGAGUUUUUCGCUACGAAGCAGCCACUCCCGGGCAGCAUGGGGCUUCUUAUCCUCCAAGCCCAAAAAUCCCUGAACCAGGGACAUACAUACUCCUCCGCCCAGGUUGGACCACCCUUGCAGCUCGCGUCCGUCAUCCAACCCUCUCCAAUACUGCUACACAAACAGAGCACUACCGAAGCCGUGUACGUGCCCGCGACCCUUGCUGUCUUAUCUCAGGCCGUCAGAGGUGAUUAUAGCCGAUUAAAGGCAGCGCACAUUUUCCCGCGAGCGCAUAACAUCCAGUGGGUCAGUAGAGGCUUCCCAAGUCGUAUCACAGAUCCUGCACCUCUUGCAGAAGUUGGAGGGCCCGCGAAAUUUGACUCUAUCCAGAACGUGCUGCUGUUGCCUAUGAAUUUGGUGUCAAUCCUAAUCAAGUUACAACAGCGUGGUUAUGUCGUUACCCCCUUCGUUGCGGGCUAUGACGACAUUGCAGACAUCCGGUCUUCUGCAUUCUUGGGCGACACUAUUUUUGGUCUAGCGCUUAAAAACAAGCUGUUGAUGAACAAGGGUUAG